CGGAAGUGGUGCUGCCGUUGCUCGCAGUUUCAAAAUGCUGUACAGGCCUUAGGAUCUACAACUGCCACCCCUCCCCCAGCUAGGAGGGGGGAGCGACUCAUGGAGCGGCCGUAAGUUUGCUAACUGCGGAAUCUUCACUGCCAAAAUGACAUCACGUUCCACCUCUGCCCAGUGUUCAGCAUCUGACAGUGCUUGCAGAAUUUCUUCAGAACAAAUCAGUCAGCAGGUACGACCAAAACUGCAGCUUUUGAAGAUUUUGCAGGCAGCAGGUGCUCAGGGUGAAGUAUUCACCAUGAAAGAGGUAAUGCACUAUCUAGGCCAGUAUAUAAUGGUGAAGCAGCUCUAUGAUCAACAGGAGCAGCAUAUGGUGUACUGUGGUGGAGACCUUUUGGGAGAUCUACUUGGAUGUCAGAGCUUUUCUGUGAAAGAUCCAAGCCCUCUCUAUGACAUGUUAAGAAAGAAUCUUGUUACAUCAGCCUCUGUUAACACAGAUGCUGCUCAGACUCUCGCUCUCGCACAGGAUCACACUAUGGAUAUUCCAAGUCAAGACCGACUGAAGCACGGUGCAGCAGAAUACUCCAAUCCCAGAAAAAGAACUGAAGAAGAUGAUAUUCACACACUGCCUACCUCACGACGUAAAUGCAGAGAUUCCAGAGCAGAUGAAGACUUGAUAGAACAUUUAUCUCAAGAUGAGACAUCUAGGCUUGACCUUGAUUUUGAGGAGUGGGAUGUUGCUGGCCUGCCUUGGUGGUUUCUAGGGAAUCUGAGAAACAACUAUAUACCUAGAAGUAAUGGCUCAACUGAUUUACAGACAAAUCAGGAUAUAGGUACUGCCAUUGUUUCAGACACUACCGAUGAUUUGUGGUUUUUAAAUGAGACUGUGUCAGAGCAAUUAGGUGUUGGAAUAAAAGUUGAAGCUGCUAAUCCUGAGCAAGCAAGUGAAGUAGGGAAAACAAGUGACAAGAAGAUGGUUGAAGUAGGGAAAGAUGAUGAUCUUGAGGAGUCCAAGUCCUUAAGUGAUGAUACUGAUGUGGAAGUUACUUCUGAGGAUGAGUGGCAGUGUACGGAAUGCAAGAAGUUUAAUUCUCCAAGCAAGAGGUACUGUUUUCGUUGCUGGGCCUUGAGGAAGGAUUGGUAUUCGGAUUGUUCUAAAUUAACUCAUUCUCUUUCUACAUCUAAUAUCACUGCCAUACCUGAAAAGAAGGACAAUGAAGGAAUCGAUGUCCCUGAUUGUAGGAGAACCAUUUCAGCUCCUGUUGUUAGGCCUAAAGAUGGAUAUUUAAAGGAGGAAAAGCCCAGGUUCGACCCUUGCAACUCAGUGGAAUUUUUGGAUUUGGCUCAUAGUUCUGAAAGCCAAGAGAUCAUCUCAAGCACGAGAGAACAAUCUGAUAUUUUUUCAGAGCAGAAAACGGAAACAGAAAGUAUGGAAGAUUUCCAGAAUGUCUUGAAGCCGUGUAGCUUAUGUGAAAAAAGGCCUCGGGACGGGAACAUUAUUCAUGGGAAGACAAGCCAUCUGACAACAUGUUUCCACUGUGCCAGGAGACUGAAGAAGUCUGGGGCUUCAUGUCCUGCUUGUAAGAAAGAGAUUCAGUUGGUUAUUAAAGUUUUUAUAGCAUAGUUGAGUCAGUUGCAGAGAAUACAUUGAGGACCAGGUCAUUUAUCAAAAAUCAGUAUUCCUAGAGGCAGGGGCAGAAGAUCACCAAUUUUGAUGCCACUCUGGGCCAUAUAAUGAGACCUUAGUCUUAAAAGGAUCAGUAUUGAGCAUCUUUUAUAAAUGUGACCCAUUGCAUGUGUUUAUUUAUAUAAGCAUCUAUGGAAUUUUAGAUUAGUUUUGAGGGUUUCAUUAAUGAGAAGAUACUUCUAUCACUUUGUUCUCCUUCCAAAUUGUAAACCCAAGAGGGAAUAAUGCCAAUGCAGACAUAGCAAUGCAUUCUUUUAUUCACUUCAAAAUUGUUGCAAGAAUAAUACAUUAGUUGAUUUAUUCUGUACCCUGCUGUUAUGUAAUGUUCUUAAGGCAUCAAAGUCUAAACCAGUUAUUAAAAAAAAAAUACUAACUAGGGCUAAUACUGAA